AUCUGGGGGGAGCAGGUCUAGCCUUAUAAGGGUGGGGGGAGCAAGAGGGCAGCAGACCCCUCCCCCCACAAUACCAGAAUGGGGCCCUGCUGCCCCUCCUGGAAGAAUAAUAAAGCCCAGAAGCCCCCUGUUUUUGGGGGACAGAUCCCAGCUCCGUGUGUGGGGAGUCACUAGAAAUGGGGUGGAUUGUGAAAGCGCCCCCAUCUGGGGUAAUUGCUGGAGGCAGCAUGGAGCCAGCUGGGGCAGGGGCAGCUAACAGCCCCUUAGGGGACUGGCUGCCCCUCCCUCAAGUAUCUUCCCCUAUUCCAGACCCACCCCCCACCACGAUGUCAGCCCAGGUGAAGGAUAAAGAGGCUUUCCAGAGGCUCAGCUUCCUCUACCAGGCGGCUCACUGUGUCCUCGCCCAGAACCCCGAGAACCAGGUGCUGGUGCGAUUCUACUGCCAUGCCCAGCGCAGCAUCAGCCGCAGGCUCGUCCUGAGACAGGACCCAUCGGUGAAGAGAACCAUCUGCAAAUCCUGCUCCUCCCUCCUGGUCCCUGGCGUCAGCUCCACCGUGCGCCAGAGAAGACACCGCGGCCGGCGUUGGUCAGUUGUACGGUGUCUCUGCUGUGGCCAGACCAAGCGCUUCCCAAGCAACCCAGGGUACAAGCUGUGGGCGGAGCAGCCUGAGGCCCUGCUGGAGAACCAGCCCCAAGCCGACCAGAAACCUGCAGCCCCCCAGGAUCCCCCAAAGGAGCCGUCAGCACAGAAGGCCAAAACUCCCAGUGUGGCCUUCGGUCUCGAGAGCCACCCCACUCCGCAGAGGACCGCAGAGGCCAGGACCCGGGUGGGGAAAGGGGGCCCAAGCAGGAGGUAACCCCCGGGGAUGGCCGUGAGCAGGGGCCAGUGGCUUAGGGCCUGAUCCCAGCUGGGGGCUAGUAAGGACAGGCCUGGAAUAGGUUUUAGGAGACUCCGUUCGUGAGAGAGGUGCCAAGACUGAUUUGAAAAGGGGGGAAGAAGAGAAACGACCCCCUCAAAACUAUCCACUCCUGGGGUACUGGCUGGCUCAGGGGGUGGGGAAUGGGGUACGGGAUCUUUCCCCUCUGUGGGGCACCAGCUCCCAUCUGGCCCCAGGGCGGGGGACUGGCUAGCUCAGGGGGUGGGGAAUGAGACAUGGGGCCUUCCCCGUCUAGGGGGCGUCGGUUCUGAUUCAGUGGGGUUUUUUUGGGGAUCUUGUCUAUUUAUAAACAAAAACAAAUUGCA